GGAAAUUCAACUAAACUAAAGGAAGAUGCCUCAGCUGACUUCGACAAACCCGAGAACCGUCCUGAAAGAGGUGUUUCCAAAAAGCAAAAGCAGGCAGAUGGGAAGAGUAACUACAGCAUAGCAGAUCUCUUGAAACAGGUUUGGUCAUAAUCAUCUGAGCAUAAUCCUACAAAGGCUACAAAGGCUACUGAGGCUCAUUUUUAGCAAGUGAACACUUUUCAUCUUGUUCUUUGUGGAUGAGCUCCAGUGCCAACCAGUCCAUAAAUUUUUGUGACUCCGUCACUUCUCUUUCCUAAUCCAGUGGGGGAGGAAAAGAGACUUGCCUCAUGAGCAUCUAAUUCAGCUUGUGUGAAAGGCGACGUUUGAAAUGAACCAGACCUUCCAACUCUCAUGGUUUGAUCAUGAGACUCACGGUUUGGGAUGCCAUCUCACGGUCUCACGGUUUUGCCUCUAAAUCUCACGGUGAGCCAGAAAACCUUGAAAAUGCCGAAAACUUCUGCAAAGUAUGAAGGAAUAUCGAAUAAUCUGUGUGCAUAACAGCCGAAUUAAUCAAACUGAUUUGUGAGAAAACCUGGGUACAAUGUCACUUCCAGUGAAACAUCGGUGUGCUAAGGUCUCUGGGAAAGCUUAGCCUUCGAACACAUGCACAAAUUUCAAAAUGGCUACUCGUUGUCCAGAACUCGAGAGCGAAAAAAGCAGCAAAAGAAUACAACAGGGGGCACUAAAAAGGUAAAAAAUACUCAAACAAGUAAUCUGUUGUUUUUUUUUAAUUUGAGGCAUACUUUGGAAAUCUCCAGGUUUGAGGUCCCAAUCUCCAGGUUUUUCUGGACUUGUUUUCAAAACCUCCAGAUUUGCAUGUGAUGGGGGUUGGAAGGUCUGAAUGAACGCGAGUCGUGUAACAUUUGGCAGUCAACUUUCAUUAUCAUGUACACCCUUGAAUUCUGUCUGUAUUACCAGGGUUUCCACAAUGGUGUGGUGCCUGUGUGGUGCGAGUUUACCAUACCCAUAUGAUCCUAACAUGCCUAUAGUUAAAUCCUACUUUAUGAAGCUGGUGCAAUAGCAUUUUCGAGAUAUUCUAACCCUGUCAACUAAAGAAAAGGGAGGUUUUAAGAGUAGCAUAGGUGCUUACCUAAGGUGCAAGCCUCUACUGGGCUCCAGGGGCAUGCGCCCCUGGGAAAAAUAAUUGCAGGCCCAUUCUUGGAUGCCAUAGGGUAACAGUGGCUGAGAAACCCCAGAAAAACAGCAAACAAUUAAAUAAAAAGACUGCUUAAACAAAGAAGGAAGAGUUUCAAAAACUGUGAGAAUAUUGAGCGAAAACGGGAGGCCGGAAAUAUUUGCCAAAAACGAGAGGUUUCCAGCCAAAACUGGAGGGUUGGAAUCUCUAUUGUUUUUUUUGCAAGGUUCGCAGUGGGGGUUACUCCCUUAUAUGGCCUGUGCUGGCAUGUGGCAUUGACUGGAACUGUCAUUACUUGUGUUGUGUCUCUUUACAGGAACCUAUAGGAUGAUUAUACUUAGUCCUUCCAAGAUCCUACAAAAUCCUGUCCAAGAUCCAGCUUAAGAUCUUUCAGGAAUCUAUAGGAUGAUUGUACUUAGUCCUACCAAGUUCCUACAAAAUCCUGUCCAAGAUCCUGUUUAAGAUCUUAUAGGGACCUAUAGGAUGAUUAUACCAAGGAUAUAGGAUGAUUAUUCCAAGAUCCUACAAAAUCCUGUCCAAGAUCCUGCUUCAGAUCUUACAGGAACCUAUAGGAUGAUUUUACUUAGUCCUACCAAGAUCCUACAAAAUCCUGUCCUGGAUCCUACUCAAGAUUUUACAGGAACCUAUAUCAUGACUGUACCUAGUCCUACUAAGAUUCUACAAAAUCCUGUCCAAGAUGAUCUUCCUAUAGGAUGAUUGUACUUAGACCUACUAAGAUCCUACCAAGAUCCUACAAAAUUCUGUAUAGCAUUAUGCUUAAGAUCUUGCAGGAACCUAUAGGAUGAUUGUACUUAGUCGUACCAAGAUCCUACAAAAUCCUGUCCAAGAUCCUGCUUAAGAUCUUACAGGAACCUAUAGGAUGAUUGUACUUAGUCCUUCCAAGAUCCUGCACAAUCCUGUCUAAGAUCCUGCUUAAGAUCUUACAGGAAUCUAAAGGAUGAUUGUACUUAGUCCUUCCAAGAUCCUACAAAAUCCUGUCUAAGAUCCUGCUUAAGAUCUUACAGGAACCUAUAGGAUGAUUGUACUUAGUCCUACCAAGAUCCUACAAAAUCCUGUCCAAGAUCCUGCUUAAGAUCUUACAGGAACCUAUAGGAUUAUUGUACUUAGUCCUACCAAGAUCCUACAAAAUCCUUUCCAAGAUCCUGCUUAAGAUCUUACAGGAAUCUAUAGGAUGAUUGUACUUAGUCCUUCCAAGAUCCUACAAAAUCCUGUCCAAGAUCCUGCUUAAGAUCUUACAGGAACCUAUAGGAUGAUUGUACUUAGUCCUACCAAGAUCCUACACAAUCCUGUCUAAGAUCCUUCUUAAGAUCUUACAGGAACCUAUAGGAUGAUUGUACUUAGUCCUUUCAAGAUCAGGCUACACAAUCCUGUCUAAAAUCCUGCUCAAGAUCUUACAGGAAGCUAUAGAGUGAUUGUACUUAGUCUUACCAAGAUCCUACAAAAUCCUGUCCACCAUCCUGCUUAAGAUCUUACAGGAACCUAUAGGAUGAUUGUACCUAGUCCUACCAAGAUCUUACGGGAACCUAUAGGAUAAUUGUACUUAGUCCUACCAAGAUUCUACAAGAUCCUGUCCACCAUCCUGCUUAAGAUCUUACAGGAACCUAUAGGAUGAUUGUACCUAGUCCUACCAAGAUCUUACAGGAACCUAUAGGAUGAUUGUACUUAGUCCUACCAAGAUCCUACCAAAUCCUCUCUAAGAUCCUGCUUAAGAUCUUACAGGAACCUAUAGGAUGAUUGUACCUAGUCCUACCAAGAUCCUGCACAAUCCUGUCUAAGAUCCUGCUUAAGAUCUUACAGGAAGCUAUAGGGUGAUCGUACUUAGUCUUACCAAGAUCGUACAAAAUCCUGUCCACCAUCCUGCUUAAGAUCUUACAGGAACCUAUAGGAUGAUUGUACCUAGUCCUACCAAGAUCUUACGGGAACCCAUAGGAUUAUUGUACUUAGUCCUACCAAGAUCCUACAAAAUCCUGUCCACCAUCCUGCUUAAGAUUAAUUUUACAGGAACCUAUAGGAUAAUUGUACUUAGUCCUACCAAGAUCCUACACAAUCCUGUCCACCAUCCUGCUUAAGAUUUUACAGGAACCUAUAGGAUAAUUGUACUUAGUCCUACCAAGAUCCUACACAAUCCUGGCUAAGAUCCUUCUUAAGAUCUUACAGGAACCUAUAGGAGUAUUGUACUUAGUCCUACCACGAUCCUACAAAAUCCUGUCCAAGAUCCUGCUUAAGAUUUUACAGGAACCUAUAGGAUGAUUGUACUUAGUCUUACCAAGAUCCUACAAAAUCCUGUCUAGGAUCCUUCUUAAUAUCUUACAGGAAGCUAUAGGAUAAUAGGAUACCAAGAUCUUACAGGAACCUAUAGGAGUAUUGUACUUAGUCCUACCACGAUCCUACAAAAUCCUGUCCAAGAUCCUGCUUAAGAUUUUACAGGAACCUAUAGGAUGAUUGUACCUAGUCCUACCAAGAUCUUACAGGAACCUAUAGGAGUAUUGUACUUAGUCCUACCAAGAUCCUACACAAUCCUGUCUAAGAUCCUGCUUAAGAUCUUACAGGAACCUAUAGGAUGAUUGUACUUAGUCUUGCCAAGAUCCUACAAAAUCCUGUCCACCAUCCUGCUUAAGAUCUUACAGGAAGCUAUAGGAUGAUUGUACUUAGUCCUACCAAGAUCCUACACAAUCCUGUCUAAGAUCCUGCUUAAGAUCUUACAGGAACCUAUAGGACUAUUGUACUUAGUCUUACGAAGAUCCUACAAAAUCCUGUCCACCAUCCUGCUUAAGAUCUUACAGAAACCUAUAGGAUAAUUGUAUUUAGUCCUACUAAGAUCCUACACAAUCCUUUCUAAGAUCCUGCUUAAGAUAGUUCUGGAAAUUUCAAUCUAAAAACCCAACACCAGUACUACUACCAAACACAACAGCAGAUUUUUAGAUCAAAGAAACAGUACUGUGAUUUUGUUGUUUGUGCUUUUAAUGAUAUUAAGGAGGCAAAGCUAGUUGUGCAGAGAAUUGGUCCAGACAUUUAGCACUGGAAGGCUGUCUUACCAAAAGUGACUAGUCCAACCAAGAUUCUAAAAAAUCCUGUCUAAGAUCCUGCUUAAGAUCUUACAGGAACUAAUAGGAUGAUUGUAGUUAGUCCUACCAAGAUCCUGCAAAAUUGUGUUGAAGAUCCUCCUUAAGAUCUUACAGCAACAUAUAGGAUGUUUGUACUUAGUCCUACCAAGAUUCUACAAAAUCCUGUCCAAUAUCCCGCUUAAGAUCUUACAGGAACCUAUAGGAUAAUUGUACUUAGUCCUUCCAAGAUCGUACAAAAUCCUGUCCAAGAUCCCGCUUAAGAUCUUACAGGAACCUAUAGGAUUAUUGUACAUAGUCCGUCCAAGAUCCUACAAAAUCCUCUCCAAGAUCCCGCUUAAGAUCUUACAGGAACCUAUAGGAUGAUUGUACUUAGUCCUUCCAAGAUCCUACAAAAUCCUGUGCAAGAUCCCACUUAAGAUCUUACAGGAACCUAUAGGAUGAUUGUACUUAGUCCUUCCAAGAUUCUACAAAAUCCUCUCCAAGAUCCUGCUUAAGAUCUUACAGGAACCCAUAGGAUAAUUGUACCCUCAAGAGUCGUUGCAUGAUCUUGUUUUGUACCUUACAAGCUUGGUACACCAGUGGACAGGGCCCUCUCUUCCCUCAAUCCAAAGCAGGGUACAUUGGUGAGGCUGUCGUUAAAAGUUUCUAUACUUUUAUUCUAGUCUGUCCCAAAUUAUUUACAGAGUAUUGUAUGCACAAUUGAGUAUAUUUACUUUAUGGAAGUUGUUUGCACUUCAUGUUUACAAAAACAAUGACUGUAACAUAAAUUUGUUCGAUAUGCAGUUGCCAAUUGCAGACUUGCAAAGUCUCAAGAUUUUAGGACCUGUCUCACAUUUUCACAAGUUGGCAACUGAUUUCUCAUGCUUUCUCAUAAAGUCAAACUCAAAAAAGUUUCGUAGUUGUUGGGUUGGUUUCCAAGUUAUUGAUAGCCCACUGUGCCUUGCUGCUACCACCAGAUAUGUAUACUUCCAGUAUCUCUUUUUUUAAGAUUUUACCAACAAAACAUAGAAAUUGCAAAACCUAAAUCAUAAAAGUGAUCGUGAUGUUUACUCCUUCAGCUUCAAAGUGAUGUAGUGACUUCUAUUACCAAUAAUCUCCACUGAAAGUCCUUCAACUAGGAAAUUUGGGACAUUUCACAACUUUUUUCCUAUAUCUCACUACUUUUCCAGCUCUUGGUUCAGAAUAUUACAUUUUUUGCCUUUUGGGGGCUUCAGUUGCCUUUGUUCUAAACAGGGUAAGAAAAUUGAGGGUGUUGUUCUAAUCUGGGUUAGGGUCUCAAACCCUCAGUGGCUCAAUCAUGUCCAAACACUGGUCGAUAUAUUUCCAGAUAUUUUCUGAAAUUUUUACAAUAAUAUUGCAGGUUGAUGAAUGUUUGGAUAACUUCAACUUUGAUCUGGCAGUAAAGUUCUGUGAAAAGGCACUAGAAAUUGAACCUGAUAAUGUGGAAGUUCUGGAAGUGGCAGGUGCAGUUUACCUUGAGACUGGAGAAUCAGAUAAAGCAAAGACAGUAUCCUUGUGUUAGGCCCAGUUCAGAUGCUGAACUUUUCGUUGAGCUGAACCUAAUUCGAAUAAGGCCGACCCAAAUUCUUACGAUUGGCUGAAUUGAUUCAGACACCGAUCUUAAUCCCAGCCAAACUAAAUUCAAAAGGAGGAAACUGCUCAUUUUGGUCUAACUGUUUGCAAAAUAUGUUGAAUAAUUUAUGCCUUAGGUCUCAAAUAAAGCCGUCUAAAUCAAAGCCGUUCCAAAAAUGAUCCAAAGUUGAAAUUCUUGGCCGGGCUAGGCAGGAAGAACAGCUGAGCCAGUCCAAAUUGAAAAAGGCGUUGAUUCAGAUGCCAAACCUUUCAUACUUAAUUCAAUGUAUUAGGUGCGGCUCAUGAAAAGUUCAAUCAGAGUGUAUUGUACUCAAGGUUCAGGUCAUUGGUUUUCUGGAUGGAAAAAUAGUCCUUUACACUCCACAUUUUGGAAGUUGGCAGGGCACCGAUAGGUUUUCUGAAGUACUAGUUAACUAAGAUGUUUUUAACCAAUUCACCCUGGGGAAUUUUGCUGAAAAAAGCUCUUUGAAGCUAGUCAAGCUGUUUUCUGCUCAAUGUGUGGCUGUAAAGAGCAGAACUUAUGGGAUUUCGUUUAAAAACAUCACACUACACAUAGCAUAAGGUAAUCAGUUUUGUAUCAUUCAUAAGAAUGAAUUUACUGAGUUUUUCUUUUCAUAUUUUGCAAAAAAAGAAUUCUUUACUACCCUAAAGUGAGAAAAGAAACAACUGCCUACUGUGCAAGGGUCUUCAUGACAUGUGGGGUCCUCACGUGUCUUUUUUGAGAGUCUUUGACAUUGUUAUUGUGUAUUAAUGUCUUUAACUACUCUGAGUGCUUUGAAACUGCUGUAAAACUGUCUCCUGACGAAGGCUUUUCAAAAUAUAUGAACCUUGGUCAGUUACUGGAAGGACAAGAAGCGGUAGCUGCUUAUAACAAAGGAAUCCAGCUUAUGAUGGCUAACCAAUGUGCUGAUCAAGCACAGGUAUGUUUGCUUUUGAAAAGCUCCUCAAAAAAAUGACCCAAAAAAAUUCAAGUCUCAUUUUACAAAUAAUAUUUGACAACUUGUCAAUGGUCAAUGAUAAAAGAUUUUAGCAGAAGUGGCCAGGGUGUCCCCACUAAGUGUGAUAAAGUGGUAGGUAUGCAAUACUGUCGUCUUGUGCAGAACCGGCAGAAAAGUGGAACAUCUUUCUCACUUGGCAUGAAUUUACUUGACCAUUUAGUUGCACACACUGUACAGUUAGCUCUCACCUUGUAAACAACUUGCUACUAUGGACACCCAGUAAUACAGCCAGCAGCUACAUGUAAAUUCACAGCAAAAUUGAAUUUUAGAUUACCUUAUUUCAAAAAUCUUUCUGUAAUUUCACAGCUGCCAUCUUACAAUGCGCAGUGAGAGAUGCAAAGAGCAAAGCCAGGGAAUCACCUUGAGAAUGCUAUUGUGUGGCCCUGAGACUACCCGUAAUAAAGGGAGUGUACUAUAAUGUUGUAAAUGUCUUGUUUUUCUCAGGCUGCUGCUAGCAAUGGUCCCUGUGCUUCUCCAAGUGAAAUUUCAACUGCAUACUGCUCACUGGCAGAAAUAUACCUCACUGAUGAAUGGUGAGUUUUUAUUUCAUAUUUUUUUAAAACUGAAAAAUCUUUCAUUAAGUUUUGAUAACUGCUGUUACCUGUAUGUAUAGUCAACUCUCGCCUUGCAGACACCUCGCUAUAAUGGACACCCCAAUAAUUAGCAAAAAUAAAUUACAGACGUUUGACUGAAAUAAACUUCCACUAUUACAGACUCUUGCUAAUGAGGACACUAACUUGAGGUCCCUACAGUGUCCGCUAUAAGGGAGUUGACUGUACUACUGUUUACAUUGUAGUAGAGCAUGUGGAGUGGGUAUAAAAUACAUAACAUACCAUAUACCCAAACCCUUUGACUGGGCCUGCUCAGUGACAACUCAGGCAAAAAAAUAAUCUGAUUUCCUAACACGAGUCAAACCUAUGACCUUUUGGUUACUAGUGCAGCCACGCUCUGCCACUCAAAGCUACAGGAUACUGGUGGGAAAGGCCACUAAACUAGGUUCAUGUAACAAACAUCGUGCAUACUGCUAUGGCUGAUAAGUUGAUAGGUGGCAUGAUUAACAAUUAUUGGACGAGUUUGAGCAAAAUAUCGUGAUUUGUCUGUGGUGAGCAGGUCAAUUAUUUGCCGAAGCCAAAGGCUGAUCAAUUAUUGAUCUGCAAGACACUGACAAAUCACGAUACUUUGCGAUAACCAAGUUCAAUAAUUGUUUUAUCAUUCGAUCACUGAGUUUGUUUUUUUAAUGAAUAUCCUUGGGAAGCGAAGCGAUCUGCCAUUUUCACGCAAGAGUGAUUGCAAGAAGGAGAAAAGCACGGUUUCCUUUACGCAUGAGCAGAAUAUUAUUUGCAGCCAAACACAGUUGGACGGCAUUGUGCAUGGCAGACCAUUAUUUGUAGCCGGUUAUUUGUAGGUCAUGUGGUGGGCUCUCAGCCAAUGAAAAGAUAGAAGAAUUUGCUUCGAAUGAUAAUAAUAACUAUUCCUGUCAUCUGGACAAGAAUAAUUUCUUGCUGGGCAAGUAACUUUUAAUUUUAAGCUCACUUAAACCCAAAAGUCGGGAUCCAGGAAAGUCCUCUUCUAACUAGAUCAUUAACUAAAACAAGGAAGUUUUUUUAGCUUCGUAAUGGAAUAUUUUAAACAAGAUUAGAAUGAGGCAUAUUGAAGGAAGGUGCCCUUAUGUAAAUGUAUCUCUUACUGAAGGUUCUCCUCCUUUGCUUUAAAUUUCUUUAAGUUUUAAGGAUGAGGCUGCUGACAAGUGCACAGAGUAUUGCCGCAAAGCAAUUGAAUGUGACCCAAACAACCCUGAAGCAUAUCAACUUAUGGCAAGUUGUUUGCUGAGUCAGCAAAAUAUGGAAGAGGCACGGAACAUGCUUGAGAAAAGUUUAGAAUUAUGGCAAGGCAAAGAUGAAGAAUUACCCCAGGUAUGCAAAGGCUUUGCAAAUUUGUUGAUAGUUCAUUUGCUUUAAUAAGUGGAAGAGAGUGUAGAAUUUAUUUUCAUGCACAUUGGAACUCAAUUCUGGAACCACCUGGUAUUUCCAACCAAAACUGACUUCUCAUCCCAGCAAAAUCCUUGACUCCUCCCCCUUAUUUAUCAAGCUUCCCAUUGAUUCUAACCAGCUGCUAUAAUUGUCUACAUGAGCCUUGUCCAUUGUUAUUUUUUGGCAAAAAAUUGUUGGUACCACAAAUGUAGACAGCUUACAUCAAACAAUCACAUUCUUUUUUUUGGUAAAAAUUGUUGGUACCAAGAAAUGUAGAAACCAUUUCCCGCUCAACAAUCACAUUCUUUUAAAGGAUUGUGGCCCAAGACCCUGGAAACCAUUUCCCGCUCAGGGGCACAUACCUGUCAAGGCCAAAUAAGGGAGUGCCCCCUUUCUGGGAAAUACCUAGAUAACAAACAAUUCUCUAUGCAAUGUAUAAUCUACCUGCUCAAAAGAAAGAAACAAAAAACAAGCAUUAGCUGGAAAAUGAAAAUGAAACACUAAAACCAAUUUUCUUUUUCAUCAAAGGCAAUAUAUCAGAGUAAAAGAAAACAAGACCAGAAUCAAAAUAAGUGAAUUUUAUAAGUGAUACUCGUUAAACAUAGAGUAUAGACAUUGGAAGUUGUAAAACUAGUGUGACUGAAAGAAAUUUGGGUGGGUGUGGGUGAGGGAUGGGCAUGUAAAUGUGUGUAUUCUUACUAAUUAAGCACAUGUGUUCACCUCUAAUCUAUAUAGUUGCCUGUUAAAAUAAAAUGAAAUAUAUAAAAAGAAAAGGAAUGAAAGACGAUCUUCAUAUCAAUGGGUGCACUUUUAGCCUGAAUUUGAAACAGAGGCUUGGGAAAACUUGGAAGUAACAAAACAAAUAACGGAAAAAAAUUCUGAUAAUCUGCGUGGCACUUCAGAAAGACCUGGAAACUUUUAGAGCUUCAUGGAUGGAGUGACCAGCUGUGUUAAAAUGUUCCUUGAUAGGGAAACAAGGCAAGUUCUUCUAUAUGCUUCAAAGGUGCUCAUGUGGUGGGCUCUCAGCAUUGUCUCACAUUGUCUUAGAGUUUUUGUUGAACAUUCUUUUACUUAACUUAGAAGUAGCCUAUUACCGACGUUCAACAUUUAAUGUUUUAUUUGCUUACUUUUCCCAUUAGGCUCCACCACCAUCAUAUGAAACUAGAAUAACCACAUCAAAAUUGCUGAUUGAGUUAGAAAAUUAUGAGGUAAGUUUUUUUAACUCUCAUCGUCUUUCACUAUGAUCUCAUUUAAGUGGAAAAGUUAUUGGGUAAACCUUGUAACAAAGUAAAUGGUUUUCAGCCCAGAAGUUACUCGUAUUUCAUAAUAAUAACAAGACGUUGUGGGAGCGUAUAUUUGGGCGUGGUUGUACUACAGGUAUGAUACUUUGAACAUGCCUUAUUGCAGCUAAAGAACUGUCAUCAUAUCUUACCAGAGAAGGCAAAUCCUUUACUCCACUUGUUUGCUGAACCACACAGCUUAUACAGUAUGUCCCAAUCCACAACAAAAAUAGUGUCAUUUCAUGACAAUGUUUGAAAAUAUGCACAUCUUCACUGCAGACAUGCUUGGAGCCAAAUUGCAACAUAGGACAUAAGUAGUUACAGCCCGGAGAGUAAGGUUUAUCUCAGCUCCACUGAUACUGACAGAUGUGUUUUCACACCCAUCACAUUGUACAGUGUAUUCCGGUUACUAACGAGGGCAAAUAAAGUUCCUUAAGUCCAGUAUCCACAAGGAUUAAUAAGAGAGUAACACAUUGCAUAAACUGCUAUAGGGCAGCACUGUUUACAGGAACAUUAGUAACUAUUAACAUGUGGUAUACUACAAUGUUCAACAUUGCUUGAGAAAAGAUGAGGUUCAAAGAUGGCAAUAUGUACACCGUUAAGUUCAUAUAUAUCCUCAUUCCUAUGUAGAGUCUGAAAAUAUUGUACUAGUUUAUGCAUGGAUGGUAUUUCCAACAAUACACAUGUCCCUUCACUAUGACCGUUAUGAUACAUAUCUCUAGCAUGAGAAUCAAAUACAUUAUAUCCCCCAGCCUCAAUGCUGUAGAUACCAACACCAAUAAUUGCCACCGUUAAAAUGAAUGAGUUGUAGUUCAGUGCCAAGAGUGUUUCAAAUGAUGUACCCUGUGAGUGGCAUGUGCAGUAGUGAUGGAUGUUACAAGUAUAACUGUCACUGUAUUCAAGGUGGAAAAAUUGCUCAAACACUGUAACCAUUCCUGGCAAUUCUGAUAACAUUAACAUGGAUUGUCUUAAAGCAGUGACAGACUAGAAUAUCAUUGAAUACCAACAAUUAUUAUUUGAGUCAUAUCAUCAACUGAAGUAAUCUUUGUUAUCUUACUGUAAAUUAAAGCGCACAGACUCAUUGCGACAAAUUGUUGUCCAGCAUUUUCCCCAAAUACUGUGACAUUUCCUUGACAGUAUGGAGCAUUAAUUUUUUUUUGUAGCAUCUACAUAGACUGAAGGUCCUGGAUUCUUCUCUAUAUCAGUACAAAGCUUAACUUGGCCACGGGCUUUAACAGUUAAACCGCCCCUUUGAGAGUUUUUGAGAUAGAAUCGAUCAAUGGUUUUAAAAGAUACAGCACAACAAGUAAAAGCUAUGCCGUUCUGAAUGUACAGUAUUUCGAAGCGCUCGUAACCUAAAUAUUUCUUUGCAGCGCCCCAUUUAUGCAAAUUUUGAAAACAUUGCGGGUUGCGAAUUACAAUCUCGAUUUUAUGGUAAAUUGUCUUGCUGAAAAUAUGAUUGACUAACCUGAUUUAAGCCAAUGGAAUUGUAAGUUCUGUUAUAAAUAACUUUCCCACGAUGAGAUCUCAAUUAAACUUCUUUUAGUCUAGUCAUCCCAGUCAUCCCUAGUCAUCCCCACUCAUCCCUAGUCAUCCCCAGUCAUCCCUAGUCAUCCCAGUCAUCCCUAAUCAUCCCUAGUCAUCCCAGUCAUCCCUAGUCGUCCCCUGUCGUCCCUAGUCAUCCCUAGUCAUCCCUGUCAUCCCUAGUCAUCCCUAGUCAUCCCCAGUCAUCCCCAGUCAUCCCUAGUCAUCCCAGUCAUCGACAGUCAUCCCUAGUCAUCCAGUUCAUCCCUAGUAAUCCCUCGUCAUCCCUACUCAUCCUUAGUCAUUCCAGUCAUCCCUAGUCAUCCCUAGUCAUCUCAGUCAUCCCUAGUCAUCCUUAGUCAUCCCAGUCAUCCUUAGUCAUCCCUAGUUAUCCCUAGUCAUCUCAGACAUCCCUAGUCAUCCCAGUCAUCCUAGUCAUCCCUAGUCAUCCCAGUCAUCCCCAGUCAUCCCUAGUCAUCCCAGUCAUCCCCAGUUAUCCCUACUCAUCCCCAGUCAUCCCUAGUCAUCCCUACUCAUCCAAGUCAUCCCUAGUCAUUUCUAGUCAUCCCAGUCAUCCCUAGUCAUCCCAGUCAUCCUUAGUCAUCCCUAGUUAUCCCACUCAUUCCUAGUCAUCCCGGUCAUCCUUAGUCAUCCUUAGUCAUCCCAGUCAUUCCUAGUCAUCCCUAGUCAUCCCGGUCAUCCCUAGUCAUCCCAGUCAUUUCUAGUCAUCUCCGGUCAUCCCUAGUCAUCUCUAGUCCUCCCAGUCAUCCCUAGUCACUCUAGUCACCGUAGUCACCCAAGUUACCCUUGUCACCCCUGCCACUCUAGUCACUUUAGUCACCCUAGUCAGCCAUGUCACCCAACUCACUUAGUCGUCCAAGUCACCCUAGUCACUCUAGUCACCUUAGUCAUCGUAGUCACCAAAGUCACUUUAGUCAGGUUAGUUACCAAAGUGACCCCUUUCACCUUUGUCACCCUUGUCCGCCUAGUCCCUUAAGUUCCCCUAGUCGCUUAAGUUGCCCUAGUCGCUUAAGUCACCCUAGUCACCCAAGUCACCCUAGUCACCCUUGUCACCCUAGUCACCCAAGUCACCCUUGUUACCCUAGUCACCCUAAUCACCCUAGUAACCGUAGUCACCCUAGUCCCCCACGUCACCGUAGUCAUCUUAGGCACCCAAGUCACCCUAGUAACCCAAGUCACCCUAGUCACUCUUGUCGCCUAGUCACCGUAGUCACCCUAGUCUCCUUAGUCACCAUAGUCACCCUACUUACUCUAGUCACCCAAGUCACCCUAGCCUUGUGGUCCAAGUUACCCUAGUCACCCUAGUCACCUUAGUCACCGUAGUCACCCUGGUGACUCAUAGUCACCCAAGUCACCCUAGCCUUGUGAUCUAAGUCGCCCUAGUCACCCCAGUCACCCCAGUCACCCAAGUCAUCCUAGUCGCCCUUUUCACCUUAGUCACCCAAGGCACCCUAGUUACCCUAGUCACCCUAGUCACGCAAGUCACCAUAGUCAUCCAACUCACCCAACUCACCCAAGUCACCUUAGUCACCCUUGUCACCCCAGCCACCUCUAGUUUCCCUAGUCGCCCUAGUCACCUUAGUCACCAAAGUCACCCCUGUCAUCUUAGGUGCUCUAGUCACUCAAGCUUCCUUUGUUCACCCUAGUGACCAAUCCCUCUCGGCUAACCGUCGUGGUAUAAUAUUCAAUGUGUGUGAAUGACCUUCUACAGUCGCGGGCCAGAGUUGUUCAUAGUUUAUGCCAUACCUGUAGUUCUUUGUGUCAGCACAAAGACAUAUCUGGUAUAGUGUAUACAAAGACAGAAAGUAUAUUCAAAACCUUUACGCUUUGUCAGCCGCUUUUGUGGUUUUGGAUCUAUAAGGACCUAUGCAUAGUAUUCUUCCUGGACCCAUCAAGAUUUCCAUUAAAGCUUUCAAAAUAGUAAUUGGUUAAAUUAGCGAGGAUGCAGCUUUCCGCUUGUUCCUCAUUUAGUAAAGUGUGACCAAUCCUGGCAGUUACAGACAAAGAAAGAAGCAACCUUUGGGGAAAAACUCCACUACCUAGUUUACUAUUCACCUACUACUGUUUACAGAUUAAAUUUCUUCCUUGGUUGGAGUGAAAGCUAGCCACAAUUUCAUGAGAAAGAAAGACGAUAAAGUGGCUGUAAAAGGAAAAGGCAUAGGGAAAAAGAAGAGAGCGAGAAAAAAUUCGAAAUAGUCCAAAUUUUGGCUUAGGUGCAUACCCGAUAAACAAAAAAGCUGUUUAACUGCAUCCAGUUAGUUGAAAUUGAAGUCCUGAGUGUUGGAAUUACAUUUUUUUAGCCAUUUCCAUGCUAAUUAACCGAAAAACGGUUCAAAAAGCAGGAUUUGGUAAAAAUACGGUUUUUUCCUCAGAAAAUUGGCUGAUGGCAAAGGGUUGAUGUACAAUUCUCAAAGCAUGUGAACUACUUUUUCCAUUCCCAUGCCGUAGCCCUUCAUACGGUAGUGUAGAGGCUCUUAGCCUUAUAAACCUUGUAAAUUAUUUCCAAUCGGAAAGCAUUGCUGUAGCUCACUUCAGUACUUUAGUCUGCUCUGCUCUAAUCCGCUCUGGGCUUAAAAUAAGUUAUGAUUUUUACUUUAUUGUAGGUUGCUGGGUCAGUGCUCGAGGAACUUAUUGAAGAGAGCGAUGAAGUCCCACAAGUGAGUGUCUCCGACUCGAAAAGACAGUAAUGUAACAAAUGUUGAAUGAUUGGUAGGGUUCGCACGCACCUUGAAAAUCCUUUUGAAAGUCUUUAAAUUUUAAAUAAAAAUUCAAGGCAUUGAAAGUCCUUGAAAAUUGCAGUCGGCGCUGGAAGUCUUUGAAAUUUAAAUGCUAACUUUAUAGUUUAAGGGGAACUGCAAAGGAAAAGGAGUAAACACAGAAAGACCUUCAGGAUAAAAUUCCUCCUGAUGUGGAAGAGCUAAAAAAGGCAUAAACGUUUCAUAAAAGUGUCAUUUUUACGUGAACAGUAUUAACUAACAAUGCAUUUGAAAUAUGCAAAAAUGCUAACUACUGUUGUUAUGUAAUGAAACGAGCGUUGAGAGGUUGCUAUUAUGUACUGAGAAAGAUUUAAAUUAACACUUUGUCUAGUAUUGUAGUUACUUAGAUACAACGGGGCAUUGCCUUUUACAAUUUUAUACAUUUGUAUAACAGCAUGCACCAGUAGUUGAUCUUUUACGGAAAACCAUCCUAAUUCCUGCUGGAUGGGCAGAAACAAACUUCUUAAUUAAUGUCGAUUUCUUACACGGGCGGCAAAGUUUUGCACGUGUCGUAACUUCUGUAAGUACGAGGCUUUUAUAGGCGAUUGACCAGCACCCUUCCAAACCUGUUAUUUCAUGGGUCCCUAUAACCUGCACUACCUUUUGUUUUCAGGGAUAGGGGCAUUGUUAUGUCACUAUCCCCAUUGUUUUCUCAGCGAAUCACAAAUCUUGUUUGGAAUCGGUGCAGGUCCGCCGUUAAUAGGGGAGGGGCCUUUGACUGACUGUGGGGAACAGGGGCGGAUCCAGGACUUUUUUUAGGAGGGGGUGCACUCGUCUCUUGCUCUACUUCAACACCAAUAAACCACAUGGUUUUUUUUUUUGCAGAAUACCAGUUGUAUUAAAAAACCGCAGGUCAUCUCGGGGGGGGGGGGGUGCACACCCCCUGCACCCUCCCCCUAGAUCCGUCCCUGGGGAAGGGCGGGUUUAGAACCCUUCAUUAUAGACAAAGCUAACAUUAGUUUCCUUGAAAUUCGUAGGUUUGGUACUUACUUGGAUGGAUGUAUCACAUUACAAACAAGGAAAGCUCAAGUAUCAGGGCAUGUCUGGAAAAAGCUGAAAAGGUAGGAACAGUAUAUUUCUGGCGUUGAAGAGAUUAAAAUAAAUAAGCGUUAUAUCGCCCACGGUUGUUAUUACAUGCAAGGUGUGUUAAUUUAAAUCUACAGCUUUUUUCACAACUUGGCUGUGAUGACCAACCCAUGCUGGAUCACGUGACCGAACUUCUAGCGAGUGUACCUGAAGGCGAAGACGAAAAUCAAGAAGAGGAGAAUGGCGACCUUGAGGAGGAAGAAUUAGACUCUACAAGUAGCGGCGACGAAGAAAUGGACACCCAAUGA